AUAUUCAUAUUGGUAAUACUGCACCACGUUGGAUGGCCGAAUUCUCAGCGAGGUGAUUCAAAACCUAAAAAAUAUUUCUUUUGCAAGACAACAGAUGACGAGUGUAAAUUAGAUUAGAAUCAUGUUCUAUGUGAUAGGAUUAGGGCUGGGUGAUGCGAAGGAUGUCACCGUUAAAGGGCUCGAAAUUAUCAAGAAAUGCGACCGUGUGUAUUUGGAGUCCUACACCUCUAUCUUGACAGUACAACAACAAACUUUGGAAGAGUUCUAUGGACGUCCCCUUAUCGCAGCUGAUCGUGAGCUAGUGGAGAAUGAUGUAGAUGAGAUAUUGCCAAAGAGAGUAGAUGAAGAUGUUGCUUUCCUAGUUGUUGGGGAUCCCUUUGGUGCUACCACGCAUACAGAUUUAAUUCUGCGUGCUAAGGAAAAAAAUAUACAGGUAAAGGUUAUACACAAUACAUCAAUCUUGACUGCAGUUGGUUGCUGUGGUUUACAAUUGUAUUCGUAUGGAGAAAUUGUUUCAAUUCCAUAUUGGACUGAAACCUGGCAGCCAAAUAGUUUUUACGAGAAGAUAGCUUCUAACAGACAAAGAGGCCUGCACACACUGUGUCUUUUAGACAUCAAAGUUAAGGAACCUACUUUAGAAAGUAUUUUAAAGAAGAAAAAAGAAUAUAUGCCUCCGAGAUACAUGAGUGUCAAUGAGGCAGCCAGUCAACUGAUACGAAUACUCGAUAAUAAGCUCCAAGAUGGUCAAGAAGAUUUAGCGUUCACACAUCAAAGCUUGGCAGUGGGUUUAGCGCGAGUGGGCUGUGAGGACCAACAUAUUGUUGCUUGCUCCCUGCAAGAUAUGACGCAAAUCGAUUUAGGAGCGCCGCUGCACUGCCUAGUCAUACCGGCUAAAAAACUACAUCCCCUCGAAGUCGAAUUUCUAAUGCAAUAUGCUCUUGACGAAAGUCAAUUUAAAGAAAUGACAAAAUAAAUGUUAUUUUUUUUAAUCCAAUGAAUAGAAUAAAUUAUUUUUCACUCAA